GAGCUCGGAGCGCCUCCGCUGACGCAAGUCGUCGAUCGCAGCCGACCUCACUCACUCCACCCGUCACACAUCAACGGAACGCGCCAGCUCACCUCAGCUCAGCGCUCGCCCUCGGCGCACCGCACCUCACCGCACCACCUGGGAACUCCCGACACGCUCAUGAGACAAUGAUAUGACGCAUACGUGAUGGACACCCUACACGCGCGCGCCGACUGGGAGAGCGUGGGGGACAGGUGGUUUCGCAAGACGCAGCAGUACACCAAGGUCUUUGACCAAGACCUGGACCUCGACAACUACGUCGUCGCCGGCGCGCCGUACGCGGGGGCCCUCGCCCUGUGGCGCGACGAGACCAAGAUACUGGCCCACCAGCCGGGGGCUUCGUCCAAGCCAUCGAUUGACAUUUACAGCCUCGCCGGCAAGAAGAUCCGCGCCAUCCCCUGGGACCGCGGCGCCGUCAAGGGGCUGGGGUGGUCCGACGACGAGUCGCUGCUCGUGGUCACCGCGGACGGCAAUGUGCGAUGCUACGACUUGCAGGGCGAUUUCAGCAGUUUCUCUUUGGGCCACGGCGCGGAUAACUAUGGCGUCGAGUCGUGUCGGUUCUACAACAAUGGCAUGGUCGCGCUGCUAGGAAACAACACCUUCGUCACCGUCUCGUCCUAUGCGGAGCCGCGGCCGAGGCCGCUGGCCAAGGCUCCCGAGGGGGAGAUCCAUUCGUGGGCCAUUAUCUCGCCGGACCACACCCUGUCGCGCUCUGUCGAGUUGCUGCUCAGCCUGGGGUCGACCGUCUUCAUCCUCGAUGCCGUGGACUGCGAGGACCGCAUGGUCGACUUUGGGCCGUUUACCCACAUCAGCGUGUCUCCGGACGGACGGUACGCGAAUCUGUACGGCGUCAACGGCCAGGCCCGCGUCAUUUCCAGCGAUUUCCAGGACAUCCUCUUUGUACACGACUCGGACUCGCGAACGCCUCCCAAGUAUGUGGAAUGGUGUGGCAGCGAUGCGCUCAUUGCGUGGGAAGACGAGGUGCACAUUAUUGGCCCGGGCAAUCAGUCGUCCUCGUACAUUUACGACAGCACUCGGGUGCAUGUUGUGUCAGAAUAUGACGGCGCUCGGCUUAUUACGAAUGACUAUUGCGAGUUCCUGGAACGGGUGCCAGAUGACACGCUCCAGGUGUUUGGACACGCGUCGGAGUCCUCGCCUGCAUCCAUUCUCCUCGACGCCGUAGGCCAGCUCGAGAUAGAGUCGCCCAAAGCCGACGACUAUAUUCAGCUCAUCCGGCCAAACCUGACCGAGGCCGUCGAUACCUGUGUGAACGCGGCGGGCCGCGAGUUUGACACCAAAUGGCAGAAACGGCUCCUCAAGGCGGCGUCGUUCGGCAAAUCUGUGCUGGAUAUCUACAACAGCGACGACUUUGUUGACAUGUGUGAGACUCUGCGGGUGCUGAACGCCGUUAGAGAUCAUCAAGUCGGCAUGCCGCUGUCCUUUGAACAGUACCAUCGACUUACGCCGGAGAAGUUGGUUCAGCGUCUGCUCAACCGUCAUGACUACCUACUUGCUCUCAAGAUUGCAGGUUAUCUCAAGCUGCCGUCGGACCGCAUCUAUGUACACUGGGCGUGCAGCAAGGUCCGCAUUGGAGACGAGGAUGACGACACGAUUUGUCGCGUGGUAGUGGACAGGCUGUCUGGCAAGCCAGGCAUCUCGUUUGAAGAAAUCGCCCGAGCCGCGUAUCAUGAGGGUCGGGGCCGCCUGGCCACGGAGCUGCUCAACCACGAGCCCCGGGGCGGGAGGCAAGUGCCCUUACUCCUCGACAUGGAAGAAGACGAGCUCGCACUGGACAAAUCCAUAGAGAGCGGAGACACAGACCUUGUCUUAUACGUGCUGCUCAAGUUGAAGAAGAAGCUGCCGCUGGCUGCUUUCUUCCGGGUCAUCAAUGCCCGGCCGACGGCCACAGCUAUGGUGGAGGCGUCGGCGAUUCAAGAGGCGGACAAUACGCUACUGAAAGAUUUGUAUUACCAAGAUGACCGCCGGGUAGAUGGAGCCCUCGUCUUCAUUCGGGAGUCGCUCAACCAGCCCGACGCGCGCACUGCCUCUGACAAGCUGGCUCUGGCGGCAAAGCUCCUCGCCGAUACCAAGGAGGCGAACCUGGAGCUCCAUGCGCUCAACCAGACGACGAUGCUGCUCCGACUACAGGCGGCUUUUGACCGAGACUUGACAGACACAUUCAGUGGCCUCAGCGUUGAUGAGACCUUGUUCAAGCUGAUCCGGCUCGGGUACAACAGCCAGGCGAAGAAGAUACAGAACGACUUCAAGGUGCCAGAAAAGGUGGCCUGGUGGAUACGUUUGCGGGCGCUGGUGGCAAAGCGGGAGUGGAACGAGAUCGAGGACACGUCCAAGCAGAGGAAAAGCCCCAUCGGCUGGGAGCCCUUCUUCAACCUGACGCUCCAAGCGGGCAACCCGCGGCUGGCGGCUGUCUUCAUACCCAAGUGCACUGGCCUGGAGCCCGGGGAGACAAUCAUCAUGUACGAAAAGUGCGGAAUGCGGGUGCGCGCCGCGGAAGAGGCGGUGCGGCUCAGGGAUCAAGGGGCGUGGCAGCGGCUGCUCGAGGCGGCGGGGAGGGGCUCACAGGAGGGGCGAGAGAUUGAGCGCCUGGGCGCGACGGUGUUUUCAAAGAAGUAGGGCAUGAGUGGGUAGACAUCGGGAUGACAGCAAAGGGGGGCGGUCGGUCGGUCCGGGUGGAGAAGAGUCUCCGUGCCAGACGACACGGAGCGUGGGUUCGGGUCGGGACGGUCGAAGAGCCAUGGAGCCCGGCCGGCUAGCAGAACAGUGGCAGAUUGGCCUGCAGCAGACAAGACAGGUACAUACUUUGCUCUUGGGCAGCAUUCGCCUUCUGUCACGAAUGCGUGUCCUUUGCACUCCCAUUUUGAAAGCAUUCGCGCAUCCCCAUCCCCGCCCUGUCUGUGAGGUAUACUCCAACCGCACCUAUUCAAGGGUUGCGUCCCAUUAGUGGUGAGGAAACCGGGCAAGUGACACGUUCUGGAGGGGAAGGGAAGCCUGAUUCUACAAUUCAUGUGGGAAGCGUGCAUGACUGGUGGCGGCGGCGGCAUUGAAGGUGCGCAUGCACACUAGGAGCA